AUGGGAUCAAAAACACUUGAAAUGUAUGAAGGGGAUUGUUCUACUUGUAAACGAGUAUCUAAAGACCCAGAACCCGACCCUGGUCAAUCACCAUCAAGUGGUCAAUCACCAUCAAGUGGUCAAUCACCAUCAAGUGGUCAAUCACCAUCAAGUGGUCAAUCACCAUCAAGUGGUCAAUCACCAUCAAGUGGUCAAUCACCAUCAAGUGGUCAAUCACCAUCAAGUGGUCAAUCACCAUCAAGUGGUCAAUCACCAUCAAGUAGUCAAUCACCAUCAAGUGGUCAAUCACCAUCAAGUGGUCAAUCACCAUCAAGUGGUCAAUCACCAUCAAGUGGUCAAUCACCAUCAAGUGGUCAAUCACCAUCAAGUGGUCAAUCACCAUCAAGUGGUCAAUCACCAUCAAGUGGUCAAUCACCAUCAAGUAGUCAAUCACCAUCAAGUGGUCAAUCACCAUCAAGUGGUCAAUCACCAUCAAGUGCUGUCAUCUUAGUACUGUGA